UGUAACGAAUGUAAACAAUGUGAUGGAAAAAAAACCAGUGAAGGAAUGUUAACGUUUGGUUAUAUUCAUCACUUUCCAGUAUCUUUCUAUUUUCAUUUGUAUUUGGAGUAUGGGAGUUCCGCUGUCAAAAGAAUACAAUGAAUACAAAAACAUUGCGCAACAUUCUUCUUACAGCCGUGAUCUGAUAGCUCCCAGUUUGGGGGCAUGCGUUCCAUUUCUGGAGACAGUAAGUCACUUAUCCAGUGAAAACUGUUGUAUUUCUUAUAAACUACAAUCUUCCUGUAUUGGUGAUAGACAUUUCCAUGCCAGUAUCCAGAAAAAGGGUUUAGCGGCUUUCUUGACUGUAAUUGAUAUUACUCACAGAAAAACCAACACAAUAUGUGAUAUUCAGACUCAAAAUGAGAUUAUUCCUCUACCUAAAAAGUUACUUCAGUAUACAGACUUACAAAUCUGCAAUGUCGUAGGACUACAUUAUGAAUGGCUUGUGGUCCAGAUUUUUUGUCAAGAUGGGAUAAAGUUUUUGAUCUGUGAUAUUUCAACGAACACCUGCUUAGUGCAAUACACUCAUAAAUAUGUACCUCAGUCCAAGUUGAAAUUGUACGAGUGUCACAUUAGUCCUGAUAGGAUGUUUUUGGUGCUAAAACAGAACCAGCUUUACCAGAGUUUGUACAACAGCAACAUAGAAGAUGGGGAGAGUGUUAUUCUUUUGAACAUUCACCUACAGAUUGGGACUUGCACCGAGGAACCAUGCGAGUUGCUGCACAGUUUUAUCUCCCUUGCUCUUGGGAGGGUGGCCAUGACCUUUGACCCUCGUACAGAUAGUGACUUGAUUGUUUACACAAGUGAAAUGCCUGACAAAUUAAACAGAGAAAUCUAUAAAGGCCAUAUAGGACUUUAUAAAGCCAGCAGGGAUUCAUUUCUGUGCACUACAGGACUACUAAAUCAAGAUUUUCCUGCAUUGCCUGGAAAGUUUCUUAAUCUUCAAUUCCUUCGAGAUGGCUCGGCCAUAGUUUUGGCAGUUCUAGGGUCUGUGAGCCCCACAAGAACAAUUUCCAUUUUAUGUCGAAAUAACUUUGUGACUGUGUACGUCUUGGACCCAGAUUGUUUUCAGAGGACUGGGUCAUUCUCUUAUGUUUCUCAUUCACAGUUUCAACAUUUUGCACCAGUGAUUUCUCCUAGUGGUACAUUAGCUUGUUGUGCAGGCAAAAUCUACAAUAUUGAACAUUCAAGAUCCCAACAAAACUCUGUAAAAUCUCUAAAGCGACUUUGCUACAAUGUCAUUGUGGACUUUGUCUUGCCAGAAGACAUAGAGCACCUACCUUUACCUAAAUCACUCAAGUCCUAUCUGCGGUAACAUUUAUCAUCAGACACAGAGCCUUGCGUUAUAUGAAUUUAUCUUACUGAAAACCAGACUCUGUAUUUAAAAUCAGUAUUGACCCCAGGUUGAAUAUUCAAAACUCUGGUGACAAAAAGCAUUAGAUAAUAAUAAGCAAAUCUGAUCAUGCUUAAAGUCAUGGUUUAUUAUACAUGGAAAAUAAAUUAUUGACUGAAUAUGAUAUCAAUUGCAUAUUUAUCAACAGAGUAUUAAAUGAAACAAAUCAUUUAUGGGUUAAGCAUGUUUUGGAAAUCAUAAUACUUGGAAUAGUGAGGAGAAUAGUAUUGUUAUUUUCAUUACAAAUUAUAUUAAUAAAGUAU